GAGGCUCUUGAAGCGCUGCAAGCACGCCACCGAAAGGAACAGCGCGAUCUCGUUGCCCGCAUUACUCAGAAGAAAAAGUCCGCAACCAAGAAGACGCGGAAAGGCGUCAACGAUGAGUGCGAGCGCAUGGAACAAGAGCUGAAGGAGCGGCAAGCACAAGAGCUUGCAGCUCUAACAGGGAACGGAGUGGAGGAACUGGAAAUGGAAGAGGAAGAGGAGCAACCACAAGACGAGGAAGCGCCUGUGAAUGGUGUCGGGAAGACAUUAGAGAACUUGUCGAUAUCUUCCACGCCGCCAGCCGAAGCGCAAUCCAUCCCGAAGAAGAAGCCAAACCGCGCAAAGGCCCGACUUGCUCGCCGUGCCGCAGAACAGGAGGCUCUUGCAGCUCAGGCAGCAGAAGAAGCCGCGAACCUUCCUAAUCAGCGCGAACUCGAACGGAUACGUAUGAAGGAGCUGUUUGACAAGUACGGUCUACAAGAAAAGGAAAUAAGGGCGGAUGGUCACUGUUUAUACGCUGCAGUGGCAGACCAGAUGACCGUUACUGGCCUGGGUCUGAAGCCGAAGAUACAACCGCUGAUCAACGAGGAGAAGGCUGAGCUGCCGCCGUACAAAGUGGUUCGCCAUGCCGCUGCCGACUUUAUUGCCCAGACGCCCGAUGAUUUUGUGCCAUUUAUGGAGGAGCCAUUGGACAAUUAUCUGCGCAAGAUCCGGGAGACAGGCGAGUGGGGUGGACAUCUGGAGCUACUGGCGCUGGCAAAAGCGUAUGGAGUCAAGAUCAACGUGCUACAUGGGGACGGACGGAUAGACAAAAUUGAGCCUGGCGAGGGCGGCACCCAAGAUGAGGAGAAAGAGAUCUGGCUGGGCUACUAUAAGCAUGGAUUCGGGUUGGGAGAGCAUUAUAACUCUCUUCGC